ACUAACCGCACAGUGCCCACCCUCUUCAGCACCUCUCUACCCCCCUGUGGCCUCCUCCCCCAACUCGCCUACGACAACCUGGUCCACCGCCUCCGCACCCUCUGGCUCUCGCGCUCUCAAGACCCCUCCUCCGUUAACCUCUCCGUCCUCAGCCUCUGCCGCAUAGUCCUAGCGGACCUCAAGACCGAAGAAGACCAACCCGUUUCGCAAGCCCUCAACCCCUGGCGCCGCUCCUCCGUCUUCGCAUACGAAGUUCGCUGGGCGCGGUAUUUUGUCCGGGAAGCGGAGACCAUGGAUAAGCGACCGAGGAUGACGGAGAAGCAAGCCGAUAAACAGGAUUUCAUGGAUCGCAUGUAUCCUAUUCCCAAGGAAUUGAAGAUUGUGGUGGCGAAUAGGAAGAAUCAGAAGCAAGUGCUCGAUCUAUGGAAGGAGUGGCAUCAUGGGAAGAGGGGC